ACAGUUUUAUAUAAAACAGUUUGUCAUUUCUGCCUGUAGACAUGGGUAGACGUGUGAUUUUCUUGGUGCUCCUAGCUGUGCUGCUGCUGGACUUUACAGAGGGUGCAGAGAAACAAGUAUACGGUGCAGAUGGAGGUAAACUCGUAUUGGAGUCACCCAUUCCUGCUGAGUUCAAGCCCCUGACAAGCAUCCUGUGGAAACAUAAUCGCAACAUGGUGGUGGAAUGGAUUGAGAAAUUAGAAAGUAUGGAGUACUACGGAGCAUUUCACGGCCACACAACCCUGGAUAGAAAGACUGCUCGUUUGGAGAUCGACAAUUUGACUCUUGUCUAUAGUGGGGUGUAUUCUUUGGAGUUAAAUGGACAACUCCAGAGUGAGACAUACAUGGUUACUGUGAUCAAGAAAGUCCCAAAGCCCACGGUGACAGUUGAGCCACUGUUUUGUUCUUCCACCUCAUCUCUUUGCAAACUGAGCUGCAAGGGAGGGAUCCCAGAGGCUGAACCAAUCACCUACAGCUGGAGGCCAAAUACAGGAAACUGGACUGAGUCAAGUAAACUGUUGAACAUCACCAACGAUGACAACCGUGUUGAAAGUUUCUUCUGCCAAAUGAAGAACCCAGUUAGUGAGGAAGAGAGCGAGCCAUGGAAGAAUGUAUUCUACCCAGAGAAAGUCCCAAAGCCCACGGUGGCACUGGAGCCACUGUCUUGUUCUCCCUCCUCACCACCCUGCGCUCUGAGCUGUAACGGAGGGAUCCCAGAGGCUGAACCAAUCACCUACAGUUGGAGGCGAGAUACAGGAGACUGGGCUGAGUCAAGUAAACUGUUGAACAUCACCAACGAUGAUGACCGUGUUGAAAAUUUCUUCUGCCAAAUGAAGAACCCAGUUAGUGAGGAAGAGACUUUCAUAUCACAAAGGAUCUUUACAUUACGUGGUGGAUUUGAUAAUGAAAUAGAUGAACUUGACCUUUACUUUAAUGUGCUGGCUGGGGUGAUGGCUGCAUUUCUUCCAUUCUUUUCACUGGGUUUUGCUGUUAUAUCAGGAAAGAUCUUUUCAUUCCUUAGCAGAUUUGACAAUGAAAUAGGUACACUUCUGAUUUCCCUUGGUGUGCUGGUUGGGGUGAUGGCUUCAAUUCCUCUAUUUAUUUUGCUGGUUUAUUAUACGCUUUCCUUUGAUGUGAUGACUGUGGUGAUGGCUGUAGUUUCUCUGGGUUGUUCUGUGGGUUCUGCUGUUAUAGCAGGAAAGAUCUUUUCAUUACGUGGUGGAUUUGUCAGUGAAAUGGAUGAACUUCUGCUUUCCUUUGGUGUGCUGGUUGGGGUGAUGGCUAUAGUUCUUCCAUUUAUUUUGAUGAUCAGUUUUUUUGUAGGAGCACAUAUCACUGAAAAAGAUGAACUUCUGCGUUCCCUUGGUGUGAUGGCUGUGGUGCUGGCUGUAGUUUUUCUGGGUGGUUCUGUGGGUUCUGCUGUUAUAGCAGUAAAGGUCUUUUCAUUACGUAGCAGAAUUUUGCGUGAAAGAGUGGCUGUGACUCCAGAAGAGGAGGAGGCUUUGGAGGGUUCAGGUGCUCCGACUCCAGCAGAGAAGGAGGCUUUGGAGGGUCCAGGUGCUCCGACUCCAGCAGAGAAGGAGGCUUUGGACGGUCCAGGUGCUCCGACUCCAGCAGAGAAGGAGGCUUUGGAGGGUCCAGGUGCUCCGACUCCAGCAGAGGAGGCUUUGGAGGGUCCAGGUGCUCCGACUCCAGCAGAGGAGGCUUUGGAGGGUCCAGGUGCUCCGACUCCAGCAGAGGAGGCUGAGGAGGGUCCAGGUGCUCUGACUCCUGCAGAGGAGGAGGCUGCGAUGCUAUGA